CUCAAGACAUAGGCCAGACAUGAAAAGUUUUAGGUCAAACAUUUUAGCUGCCAGAAUAAUCAUUUUAAGCAUACAAACAUAGGAGGGCAUGGCUGGGGAGAAAAGCAACGGUCAUACAUGUGGCAUAAAUGCUCACUUAGAAUUUGUGGGUUUUCAUUCUUUUGCAGUUUGCCAGAGUUUGAUAUCCUCAGUGUGAAAUAUGGCAUCCAAGACAAAGCAGACAAAACAAGACACCAUGAGUGCCGGCAGAAAUGAGCAAGGAGUAAGAACCAAGGAUGGAGAUACAACCAAAGGAAUAAGUGACAUGGAAACACAUGACAAAGAGAGGAAAUUGUACUUGCAGAAGGAAUACAAGAUUCUCACUAGGCAUAUGAACACAUACAUGGGAAGAGUGGUACAUUUCCUGCAGGAAAAUAAAUUCCUAGAAAAGGAAGCCAAACGGAAUCAGGAAGAGAGCAAUGCUUACCUCUCUUACAUAAGAAAACACAGCCAGAAGUGCCAGAAUCUAAUAAUAACAUUAAAUGACCAGAAUCACACUGAUCUGUCUGAAGUCUGGAUGCAAAAAGAGAAGCUAAUCUCACAGUAUACAGAAAAAGAGAAGGAGGUAAGGAGCGCUCUGAUGGAUAUGGAGACAAAGUACUCUCUUGUGAAUGAGGAGGUUGAAGACCUGCAGCCUUUUAAAUACUCAUCUCUUCAGCUGGAACAGACAAAAAAGAUUAAAGAGCUAGAGAAGAAACUGUUGGCCACAAAGAUACAGUACUCAGACGAAAUGCACAAAAUCAAGAGAUUUCUGCAGGCCAAGUCUGACUGUGAGACAGACUUUCAUCAGAAGAUCCAGGUUCUCACCAAGAGAGCAGAAGAAGCAGCGAUGCAAUCUCUAAUUCAGCACAUCACACAAGUAAAAGCAGAGAAUUGGCAUCUGCGCCAGGAAUUGCUCAGACUCAUCCAAUACUCCAAAAUCCUUAAAGAAACCAAAGUUCAACUGAGAGAGCAGCAGCAGCAGCUUCUUUGGGAGAACCAAUACACCCAGGACAUGGCACGCCGGCGGCCGUGGUCACACCAGCAUGAGGCACAUGAUGCAAACGCUGAAACCUACAGCCCUCACAGCCCCUUCAGAUGUGUCCAUUAUCCAAAAACCAUCUCUCCCCUCCUCAUAAAUGCCAGUGUAUCAGUAGACAUAUCUGGACUGUCAGCUGCUGCCAGCAUUAGUUCGGUAACAGAGGAUACAGAAGUGACUGUUCUGUAGGUGGAUGAAAGGGUUGAUUUCCAUAGCUCAUGCUCAGCAUGCAACCCAGACAACAGAUCUUAAAAGUAACCACAGCUUUAACUUUCAUGACAUCUGUAUUAAGGCAUUUGAAUGGCAUGUCCCAAAAUAAACAAUAACAUUUUCUCUUUGAGAUCAGACUUUGAUGUUUCAUUCAUUAGUAAUUUUCCAUGGGUAAAUUAUCUUCUUAGACAGAGUGAGGUAUUCUCUGUUUACUGCACACUACAUCUACUGAUACCACAGUAUGAACCAAUGUAGGCCAGCUCUUACUUUCAGCAACAUUCAUUUUGCAAAAUUUCCACAUGGCAAAGACUUUACUUUCUGCUAGCCUCCAAAGGAGAGAAAAUAAAUAUGCAAGCAACCAAAUCCUUUAAACAAUAUAAGCAGUUGAGGCACCGGGCCCUUGGUCAUAACUACCAAUAAAAUAUAUUCACUGAAUAUAUUCGUAUCAAUUUUUACUUUC